AAAAGCAAAAAAUCUUCCGUUAUACUACAAUCAGUUUCAACAGUCUCAACAAUGCGUGUGUUAAUUAUUGUUCUAGUGUUAGCAUUAACGGCGGUUACAGCCGUACCGAGAAGUCCGCAAAGAAUUGUCGGAGGUUCAGUUACGACAGUCGAUAAUUAUCCAGAAAUAGUCGGUUUGUUGCUGACCGUCGCUGGCAUAGACUUUGGACAUGUUUGUGGAGGCAUAAUCCUCAACAUCAGAUCAAUCCUCACGGCUGCUCAUUGUACUUUUUUCGCCGUACCAGAACACUUUCGCAUUCGUGCUGGAUCAAGCUAUGCAUAUUCUGGUGGUGUAGUUGUUAAUAUUGCCCUCCUCAUUGAGCACCCCAAUUUCAACGACCUUCCUUUGAACAAUGACAUCACCAUCAUGCGUCUCGCCCGUCCCCUUGGGUUCACUGACGUCAUUAGGCCUGCAAGGGUUGCUGGCACUCACUACGUGCUUAGUGACAACCAAGUAGUCUGGGCUGCUGGUUGGGGAAAUAUUGAGGAAGAUGGUCCUCAAUCGGAGCAAUUGAGGCACGUCCAAGUUUAUACUAUUAAUCAGGCUGUCUGCAGAGCUCGUUAUGCCGUACUUGAAACACCAGAAGCUAUCGUUAAUAGGAAAGUUACCGAAAAUAUGUUGUGCUCUGGCGUGCUCGAUGUCGGUGGCCGCGACCAGUGCCAGGGUGACUCCGGUGGCCCGCUCUAUCACAACGGAGUGGUCGUCGGCGUCUGUUCCUGGGGACAUGGCUGUGCUAGACCCUUCUUCCCCGGUGUCAAUGUUCGUGUAUCUCGUUAUACUUCUUGGAUUCAGGCUAAUGCUUAGAUGUUUCUUGUAUAGUAAAUUAUUAUAAGUUGAUGUUUUGUUGAUGUUUAAUAAUUUUGAAAGUGUAUUUAAAAUGUACAGCAAUUAAACUGCGCUUUUUUUAAUUUAAUAUAAGGCAGCUAACCAUGGCCAUUUUGAAUGCCGACUCGUAAUCCAAAAAUCCAGGGUGGACGCAGCGUUAUCGCCAAUAGACCAGGCUUUGAGAACAUUUAUUCAAAAAGUACAUUCACCCAAAAUUGUUAAUGAAGUCCUGGCUGUUACAAGUACUUUUAAUAUACAAACGCUUUGAUAUUUAAGUCUUCGGAGGAAUACUUUGUACUUUUUUAUGUUAAAAGGAUGGCAAACAAGCAAAUGGCCCGCUUGAUGGUAAGCGGACACCAUAGCCUAUAAUAGUAUAGAUGCUUGCGAUACAAAAAAUAUCACUCGCGCUGUUGCCUACCCUGACGCAGUUUCUUGCGUUUAGAGGUAAUUUAGGCAAAUAUAAAAUUGCAAACUUUAUUCUUAAUUUCGAGAAAUAUUCGUACCAAGUUUUAAUUAUAUUAACUUAAGAAAAAGAUUUUUCGUACCAAGUUUUAAUUAUAUUAACUUAAGAUACACCUUGUGGGUUACCUACAAUGCGAAGAGGUGUCGCUGCCUUGUAGCCUUUUUUUUUGAGACUUUAGCGCCACCUACAAUGUGCAUUUUUUGUUGGACGAGAUUGCAACAAUGACAUAAAUUGUAGUACUCAACGCCCUCUACAAUUAUGGUUAAAAAAAGUUUCUAAACUGCAUACAAAACAAGUAAAAUGCGUUUCAAAAAAUUUUUGACGGUUUUUUUGAGUUUUUCAAAAAACGCCUACGAGUUGAACAUGCCCAUCGCCAAGGUGGAUUACUGACGUCAUUUGGCAACAGAAAAAACAAGACUUACCCUUUAGGUUUUUUUUUCACCACUCAACCUACAGAUUGACUGUACUACAGUUAUAUUAAAAAGGUAAUGUCAUGAUUUUUAAAGAUUUGAAAUUGAGAAUCUUCUAUCGUUUGAUAGAAGAUUCCAAGAGAUAGACUUCAGGCACCAAACCAUACGUUGACAGAUUAAGCUCAAUUGUUAUAUUCGCCUGAUUUAAAAUAAAAUAAGAGUUAAAC